UGUUGUACGUCGUUGAACAACACAAAGAAGAAGACAUGCUCCGGUGUAGUGACAGUCCAUUGACCUGUCUUUACGCUGCUGUGCGGUUUCUCCCAAGCUGGCGCUGUUAAAUCCAGCGCUUUCGUAGCUUGUUCAUCAUCCUUUUUUUUUUAACAACAGCCAAAUGCACCAAACACCCCCGGCAGAGAACGACAGCUGAUACCCUCGCACGCAGACAUGGCAGACGAUGAAAUAGACUACAACAUCGUGUUUCCAGAUGCAGGCAUAUCGGAGAGACACUGGCAGGGGACAAAGGAGCCAGUGGUGAUCCUGCUGGGCUGGGCUGGCUGCAAGGACAAGCACCUCUCCAAAUACAGCUCCAUCUACAAUGAACAGGGAUGUGUCACCGUCCGCUACACGGCUCCCCUGAAGACCGUCUUCAUCUCUGAGUCUUUUGGCUACAAGGAGCUGAGCAGCACGGCCCUCAAAUUACUGGAGAUCCUCUAUGACUACGAGGUGGAGAACAGCCCUAUUUUCUUUCACAUAUUCAGCAACGGUGGCUUCAUGCUGUACCGCUACAUUGUGGAGUUGUUGCACAGCGAUAAGCAGUUCAGCUCCCUGUGUUUGAUCGGGGCCGUCGUGGACAGUGCCCCGGGCAGCGGGAAUGUUCGCGGGGCCCUGCGUGCACUGAGGGCCACCCUGGGGCCCAAAAUAAGUCCUGUGUUAAGAUACGUCCUCUUAGCUCUUUUUGCAGUGACUGUUUUCCUGUUGCGAGUCGUGCUGUACCCCUUGACCAAGUACGUCCACAAGAACCACUAUGACGCGGUACAAGAGAGGCCACCUGCCUGGCCUCACUUCUUCCUGUUCUCAAGAGACGACCAGGUGAUCCGGCACCGGGACGUCGAGGUCUUUGUGGAGAGCCUGAAGCAGAAAGGCGUCCCAGUGGACUGUUUUGAUUUUGGUUCCAGUCCUCAUGUUGGUCAUUUCCGCGAGUUUCCUGAGGAGUAUGCUCUUAAGUGCCGCAAUUUCCUGGUUGCCUGUAUGAAGGACUCUGAAGGGGCUGAGUUAAAGAAAAGACAUAGGGUUCAGAAUCCGUGAAAUCUGGUAGUAAACUCACAAGAUUUUGCUAAACCUCUGUUAACCCUCUUGUCCAGAUUUUGAGGGGGGGAGGGACCUGAGUUCAUCUCAGAGAUUGGAAAAUAGGUUAGAAGAUGAGAUGAGAAUUUGUUGAAAGACAGCUGGAAUUUGAGCCGAACUGGAGCAAGAUCUUGCCGCUGUUUUCCGUCCCAGCGCAGAUAACGGGAAGGUUCCACACAUGUGGUCUAGGUGUACCGCACUUGAAUCCAUGUCUGGAAAACCAGCUGUAUGAAACACUGUAACUCACAUAAUACCUAAAGUACAUACAACACUAAAGUGUGUGGCACAAUAGCCUAAUCCUGCCUACUCAAAUGUUUUUGCAACAGUCACAAACCAUAUGUAAAAAUAACAAUACAAACUAUUACUCUACACUGGAAAAUAAAUCCUUUAGGAUAAUUUAAAUGGUAUUUAAUAUUGCUGUGGAACGUGAUGCAUUGUAGAUUAGUAGUAGUGAUUCUAACACUCGAGGGUUUUGGGAAAUAAUAAUGUUUCUCCUAUUUAUAAAAUUUACAACGUAUUUAUGGUUUUAAUCUCAAUUUGUUACGAGAAUGCGAUCUCAAGGGUGCUUUUAAAAAUGAAGGCGACUGACAAAAAUGAAAUAGAUCAAAUCAUGAGGGAUUUUUUUGUAAUAUAAAGUCCUAAAAAAUGUUUGCCUUAAAAAUUAAAUGCCUUUUUUAGUGUUUCUUUUCUUUUCUUUUUUUUUUUUGGUCCAUAAAUUGUAGAAUGACCAGCCCUGACAUGUGAUACACAUGAUUUAGUUUCAAGGGAAAAAAAGGUGAUUGACAAUGAAUGUAUAUGUCCAGCACAACUAUUGUGUUCUUUCUAACAGAUGUGCCUUCAAUAAAUCCGAAUGCUCAAAGAAAA